CAGGAGCUUUGCCUGCUGCCACCGCUGCCUCCAUCGCCUUCACUAGCGCUGCAGCCGCAGCCAAGGCCGCUACAAGAGCGCAGAGAGCAGGCGAGGAGCGGCUGGCGGGGGGGUGCCAGGCGCAGGGCGCACACCUGGUUUUGAAGAUCAUGAUCACAUGGAUGCAUCUAAUUAAAUUGUAUUUGGGAACAUGGUAGUCCUUUAGAGAGCACAUCUAAAUUUCUGGCUAAUUCUCUGGCUUGCCGCUCAACAUAGGACAUUGUUUGAUUUUAUCCAUCAGAACUCUCCUCAUUUUGCUCACCAUGCUGUCUUUAUUAGCUUGAACCCCUUUCCUAAAAUGGUCCUUCUGUUGAUUCUGACAGUCCUGCUUUUGAAAGAAGAUGUCCGUGGGAGUGCACAGUCCAGUGAAAGGAGGGUGGUGGCCCACAUGCCAGGAGACAUCAUUAUUGGAGCUCUCUUUUCUGUCCACCACCAGCCCACCGUGGACAAAGUUCACGAGAGGAAGUGUGGGGCAGUCCGUGAACAGUAUGGCAUUCAGAGAGUGGAGGCCAUGCUGCACACCUUGGAGAGGAUCAACUCAGACCCCACGCUCUUGCCCAACAUCACGCUGGGCUGUGAGAUAAGGGAUUCCUGCUGGCACUCAGCUGUGGCCCUAGAGCAGAGCAUUGAGUUCAUAAGGGACUCCCUCAUUUCUUCAGAAGAGGAAGAGGGCUUGGUGCGCUGUGUGGAUGGCUCCUCCUCUUCCUUCCGCUCCAAGAAGCCCAUAGUAGGGGUCAUUGGGCCUGGCUCCAGUUCUGUCGCCAUUCAGGUCCAGAAUUUGCUCCAACUUUUCAACAUACCUCAGAUUGCUUACUCGGCAACAAGCAUGGAUCUAAGUGAUAAGACUUUGUUCAAGUACUUCAUGAGGGUUGUGCCUUCAGAUGCCCAACAAGCACGGGCCAUGGUGGACAUAGUGAAGAGAUACAACUGGACCUAUGUAUCGGCAGUGCACACUGAGGGCAACUAUGGAGAAAGCGGGAUGGAGGCUUUCAAAGAUAUGUCAGCCAAGGAAGGGAUUUGCAUCGCCCACUCUUACAAAAUCUAUAGCAAUGCUGGGGAGCAGAGCUUCGACAAGCUGCUGAAGAAGCUCAGGAGCCACCUGCCCAAGGCCCGGGUGGUAGCCUGCUUCUGUGAGGGCAUGACGGUGAGGGGUCUGCUCAUGGCCAUGAGGCGCCUGGGUCUAGCGGGAGAAUUUCUGCUUUUGGGCAGUGACGGCUGGGCUGACAGGUACGAUGUGACAGAUGGAUAUCAGCGAGAAGCUGUUGGUGGAAUCACAAUCAAGCUCCAGUCUCCCGAUGUCAAGUGGUUUGAUGAUUAUUAUUUGAAGCUCCGGCCAGAAACAAACCACCGAAACCCUUGGUUCCAAGAAUUUUGGCAGCAUCGUUUUCAGUGUCGGCUGGAAGGGUUUGCACAAGAGAACAGCAAAUACAACAAGACUUGCAAUAGUUCUCUGACUCUGAGAACACAUCAUGUUCAAGAUUCCAAAAUGGGAUUUGUGAUCAACGCGAUUUAUUCCAUGGCCUACGGACUCCACAACAUGCAGACUUCCCUCUGCCCAGGCUAUGCUGGCCUCUGUGACGCAAUGAAGCCAAUCGAUGGCCGGAAACUUUUGGAUUCUCUGAUGAAAACCAAUUUUACUGGGGUUUCUGGGGAUAUGAUCCUGUUUGAUGAGAAUGGAGACUCUCCAGGAAGGUAUGAAAUCAUGAAUUUCAAGGAAAUGGGAAAAGAUUAUUUUGAUUACAUCAACGUUGGAAGCUGGGACAAUGGAGAAUUAAAAAUGGAUGAUGAUGAAGUAUGGUCCAAGAAAAGCCACAUCAUCAGAUCAGUGUGCAGUGAACCAUGUGAGAAAGGCCAGAUAAAGGUGAUCCGGAAGGGAGAAGUCAGCUGUUGUUGGACCUGUACACCUUGUAAAGAGAAUGAGUAUGUUUUCGAUGAGUACACCUGCAAAGCGUGCCAGCUGGGGUCCUGGCCCACUGAUGACCUUACAGGUUGUGAUUUGAUCCCAGUGCAGUAUCUUCGCUGGGGUGACCCUGAGCCCAUUGCAGCUGUGGUGUUUGCCUGCCUUGGCCUGCUGGCUACCCUGUUUGUUACUGUGGUCUUCAUCAUUUACCGUGACACACCAGUAGUGAAGUCCUCUAGCAGGGAACUCUGCUACAUUAUCCUUGCUGGCAUCUGCCUGGGCUACUUAUGUACCUUCUGCCUCAUUGCAAAGCCCAAACAGAUAUAUUGCUACCUUCAGAGAAUUGGCAUUGGUCUCUCCCCAGCCAUGAGCUACUCAGCCCUGGUAACCAAGACUAACCGUAUUGCCAGGAUCCUGGCUGGCAGCAAGAAGAAGAUCUGUACCAAAAAGCCCAGAUUCAUGAGUGCCUGUGCCCAGCUAGUGAUUGCUUUCAUUCUCAUAUGCAUCCAAUUGGGCAUCAUCGUUGCCCUCUUCAUAAUGGAGCCCCCUGAUAUAAUGCAUGACUACCCAAGCAUCCGGGAAGUCUACCUGAUUUGCAACACCACCAACCUAGGAGUUGUCACUCCUCUCGGAUACAAUGGAUUGUUGAUUCUAAGCUGCACCUUCUAUGCGUUCAAGACCAGAAAUGUUCCAGCUAAUUUCAAUGAGGCCAAGUAUAUCGCCUUCACAAUGUAUACCACCUGCAUUAUAUGGCUGGCCUUUGUGCCAAUCUACUUUGGCAGCAACUACAAAAUCAUCACCAUGUGUUUUUCGGUCAGCCUCAGUGCCACUGUGGCGCUGGGUUGCAUGUUUGUGCCAAAGGUGUACAUCAUCCUGGCCAAACCAGAGAGAAACGUGCGCAGCGCCUUCACCACGUCCACUGUAGUGCGCAUGCAUGUGGGGGAUGGCAAGUCCUCCUCUGCAGCCAGCAGGUCCAGCAGCCUCGUCAACCUAUGGAAGAGGAGGGGCUCCUCUGGGGAAACCCUAAGGUACAAAGACAGGAGACUGGCCCAGCACAAGUCGGAAAUAGAGUGUUUCACCCCCAAAGGGAGUAUGGGGAAUGGUGGGAGAGCAACAAUGAGCAGCUCCAAUGGAAAAUCCGUCACGUGGGCCCAAAACGAGAAGAGCAGCCGGGGGCAGCACCUGUGGCAGCGGCUGUCCAUUCACAUCAACAAGAAAGAGAACCCCAACCAAACAGCCGUCAUCAAGCCCUUCCCCAAGAGUACUGGGAGCCUGGGAGCCAGCGGCGCUGCUGUGGGCGUGGGCGUGAGCGCCGGGGCCGCGGGGGCUGCUGGAGCCGGCCCCGCCGGGCCUGAGCCCCCAGACGCCAGCCCCAAGGCUCUGUACGACGUGGCGGAGGCCGAGGAGCACUUCCCCGCGCCCGCACGGCCGCGCUCGCCGUCGCCGAUCAGCACGCUGAGCCGCCGCGCGGGCUCGGCCAGCCGCACCGACGACGACGUGCCGUCGCUGCACUCGGAGCCCGCGGCGCGCAGCAGCUCCUCGCAGGGCUCGCUCAUGGAGCAGAUCAGUAGCGUUGUGACCCGCUUCACGGCCAACAUCAGCGAGCUCAACUCCAUGAUGCUGUCCUCCGCGGCUCCCGGUCCCGGCGUGGGCGCCCCGCUCUGUUCGUCCUACCUGAUCCCCAAAGAGAUCCAGCUGCCCACAACCAUGACGACGUUCGCGGAAAUCCAACCUCUGCCUGCGAUCGAGGUCACCGGCGGCGCGCAGGCCGCGGCUGGGACCCCGCCAGCAGGGGGCGCUGCCCGGGAAACGCCGGCGGCCGGGCCCGAGGCUGCGGCCGGCAAGCCGGACCUGGAGGAGCUGGUGGCCCUCACCCCGCCGUCCCCCUUCAGAGACUCGGUGGACUCGGGAAGUACAACCCCCAACUCACCAGUGUCCGAGUCGGCCCUCUGUAUCCCAUCGUCUCCCAAAUAUGACACACUUAUCAUAAGAGAUUACACUCAGAGCUCAUCGUCGUUGUGAACGUCACUGGAAACCGCGCUGGGUUCCGCGUGCAAAGCCGAGACCUCCGGUGUUCACACUGACAGUGACAAGCACGGUCACCUAGUUAAGAGCCGAGGUCACCUGGUUAAGACCCGAGGUGGGAGAUACCGAGUACACCGGUAAUGGAAACAUGAGAUUAAUAGUGCUAUUUAUGGACAACCGACGAAGACAACUACAAAUCUUUUGGCAGAUUUUCUUCUAGUGGCCUUAGAAAACAUGGGCUUUUAAGAACAUUGCUUAUAUUUUUGAGGGCUGACAAGGAGUCUGUUAAACCAGUUGCAUACCAAGUGCUUUGCGCUAGGAAAGCAGGGAGUGUGAAACAGUAUAAUGGAGGGCGGGGAAGGCAUCGUUAAUAAGCAACUGUAACAAGUUUUGUUUACUUUAAUUCUUUUCCCAGAAGAUUCUUUGAUUCACCAAACAUGAAUGUACAUUUUCUAACAAACUCAAAAUCUGGGACCAAAACGUCAACCUUUCUUCUUCUUUUUUUUUUCUUUCCUUUUUCUUUUUCUUUUUUCCUUUUCGUGAAGAUCUUGAAAACCAGUAACUUGGACCCGGUAUUUACUGUGGUGUUAUUGUGAGUGUAUCCCAUGCCUAAUACACAACUGGAUAGUGAGUGCUGCGCUAAUGUACCUGGAGCUUUUACUGGGGACUUUCCGAGUUGGUUGUGAAAUCCUCUUCCAAAAGCCUACAUCCGGGAUUCCGCCUAGUUAUUUCAGAUCCACCUCCACUAAUCAUGAAAACCAGUGGAAGAUUUCUUGACUAUUUCACCAUGUUGCCAAUCAAUACUGGAGUAGCAAAAAACAAAACAAAACAAAACAAAACAAAUUCUGGAAUACUGUUUCGUAAUUCCCUUGCAGGGGUGCAUUGUGUAGCUGGAAAUUCUCUUUGUAUUAAUAAUUCUUGAGCUCCAGCCCAGCUAUCUCCUUCAUAAAACGUGGCCACUCCUCCUUGUGAAUGCUGUUCCGUUAGUAUUUCCAGCUAAAAAUAUUAAAAUCUGCAUUUGGGCUUCUUCAUUCCUUUCUUUUGAGAACCUGAUGCACAAGGAACUCCUCUUUUUGGGUCCCACCACUGGAAGAGUGGUCCAUAAACCCAAUGAAGACAUUGUCAUGAUUGGAAUGACUGUCGUUGAAAGAAUUAACACAAUCUUAACACACUGGAAAUUUUAAACUGUGUCAAGUCGGCUUAGCAGAUAUUUAGCUAUGCUAGUGAACAGUGAUUUUAACUUUUCUUGGCUGCUUAAACAAGGCAGCUAUGAACUAUGACAAAUGUAGAUUUUUUCAAAGCAAUACAGAAUAUUAAAACAGGGGAACCUUAAUGAAUAUAAACCACACAAUCUUUCUUAGCCAUUCCAAAAAGAGGCAAAGCAAUUAUUCAUAUUUUCCUUUUUAAAGUAAUUAUCAGUAUGAUUUUGUGCACUUCAUACUGUCACUUUUUAAAAUACUGCAGGAAAGAGAUUUCAAGUCAUAAUUGAAAUACAUGUGCUUUGACAGGCUCAUGGACGUAGACCAAGCUCAAGACCUACAUCCACUGUCAUUUCUUUCUUCCUCCCAUUACAGCUAUCCUCAGGUGCCAAAUUUUUUGUUUUUUAAAUAAGGAUAGUAAUAAAAGGAGGAGGUGUCCUAAAAAUUUAAAGUUGAGUUGACCCAGCCUUACACUAAAGAUAGCCUUAUGAGAACAAUUUCCUGUGAGGCAGAGUAUGAUUCUAGCAGAGAGAAAAAUAAAUAAAAACUUUUUCUUUUAGCUCGAUUUCCUUAUUUUUGGCAUGAAUUUUUCAUUCACAUCUAUUUAAAAAUAGCAAUUGAGAAAUGGAAAUGUAUACAUUGGCACAAUUUAGCAUUUUGCACUUCUUAAACUUCUAAUAAAUAUACUGCUUGUUGACCUUCCUUUCCUGAUAUCUCUACUUAUAUAAAUAUUAAAUCAAAUCUCCCAACAUAAAACAUUAAAAGCUGGCAUUACUCUGCUAAAAUAUCAAUUUUUGAAAAAUCAAACUUCCCAUGAUGGAAAAUAAUAUCAUCAGAACACCCUUAUCCCAAAUAUUAUAAGACUCUUGAAACAGAGGUGAAAUCUAGCAAAGUUUCACUAGAAGCAAAUGGUUCAUUAGAAGCAAAUACAUGUAUCUUCCUGAAAAACAAAGCCAAAUAUUUUGAAAUACCAAUACUCCUGGAUCCUCAUCAAAAAGUGGCUUUCAUCUAGGAAUUACUGUCUUGAGUUAUUAGGCAUUGAAACCUUUCUAAAUAUGCUCUACUAUCCAAGUUUUAAAUCUUGUUUCAUAAAAUCCUUCUUUUGAUUUCCAAUUCAUUCUCCAGUACAGUGUUUCACUCUAUUAAUCAAUAGAGCAUUUUUUAAAACUUUCUCUACAAGCAAAUUCCUUUUCUAAUUUUUAGUAGCAUAUUUCUUUCAAAAGAACACUACCUUAUGAGAGUAUUCAUUAGAAUUAUAAUUUAAUGCAAAUGAAUUGCUAUCUGAUAAUUCCUUAUGAAAGCAUAAUCAACUAUAAUAUGAAAGAUAAUUUAUCCAACUAGAGGAGAACAAGAUGUAUUUUUGUGUGUAUUUCUAUAAUCUUUGCCACUACAUUGAAUACAUUGUAAAAAGGACAGCAUAUUGUUAAGUAAUACAUUCUUGAGGUAUUUCAUUUUUGGAAUGAUGAUAACUCUGUCUCUUUACCAAUUCUAAUACCAGGUUCCAAGUAACGAAAUACAAUACAAAGAGAACUGAAUAUCCAUUCAUUCUAGGGCUAGGAUAUCAAUGUCACAAUUCAUUUAGGUACUUAUUCUUGUUGAAUUUCCUUGAAAAUAAUCUAUUCCUGGUGCCCAGUGAUAAUUCAGUCGGGACCAGCAUGACAACAAGGAAGGGAAAUUACAGUGAAAUACUAAGGCUCAGAAAAGUGACCCUAAAGGAUAGUUUGGUCCCAGGGUGAAAGAGAGAAGAGCUGUGUGAUCAAGUAAUGCUGACUAUCUAGGCAGUCCACUCAUCCGUCUAUUUUGGAAGAGAAGUGGGGCAGCCUGAGAAGACCAUAUGUGUUUUGAAAAGAACCCUCUUUCUGGGCUAGGGGUGGGGAACAGAGUAGGAGAAAAAUCAUAUAAGAUUUGACUGAAGCAAGGCAGAAAAGAAAAUCCCCAAAUAUGCUAAUUCUUGAUAGGAACAGUCUUUCCCAAGCUACUCUGUCCAGCAAGUGAUCAGAAAGACUAGGGAUUAUUCCUGACUAAAUGAAUUGUAUAAUGGCUCUGCUGCAGUUCUGUGACUUCCAAACCAGGAAUUAAACACUUUUUAUGAAAAAAACAAAAAACACUUCCUAUGCUAGUCUCUCAGCAAAAUGUACAUGUUUUGGAGGCUUUCAAAGGUAUUAACUGAGUUCACAUUUAGCAACAGCUUAUUAAUAACCCUCAAGCUGUCUGAAUCUCUAUAGUUAACAUUUACAAUUUUAUACUGUGAAAAAAUACAGAUCAGUGAAAGCAUAAAGAUGAAUCAGAACUCAUUCUGACGAGGGACUGGGGCCUGAGAGAACUCUCUACUGUCUAUUGACGAAUGAGGCAUGUAUAAAAAUAGUUGGCUGAAUUUCACUGAUCUUCCCAAUGUGAAAAAAUAUACUAUGUAUAUUGUGUGUAUUUCUAGAAUUCAAUGGCAGCUGCUGGUGGUGUUGUAAUUAGAAAUCUAUAUAGAAUAUAGAUAUUUUAGAGAGACGGUACCAAUCCUAAAAGAUUUGUGUGGGCUACAAGUGCUUGUACUAACUUUUUUCUGCACUUUUAACUGAUUUGGUUUAAAAAUUGUGUGCGUGUAUCUUUUUUUUUCUGUUGUUGCAGCUUGUAUUAUUAAAACAAUAGAGAAUGUUAAAUUAUUUUGAUGUGAAUUGCAAAUGAUUUUUUCAUAAAGUUUAACAUUUUUAUCAGCA